AUGGAUCACCUGACUGCGCUCUUCCAGGAGAUGUGGCGUCAAGGUGAAGUCCCGCAAGAUUUCAAGGACGCAACUAUCGUGCACCUAUACAAGCGCAAAGGGAAUCGCCAAGUCUGCGACAACCACCGCGGCAUCUCCUUACUGAACAUCGCCGGGAAGAUCUUCGCUCGCAUCCUGCUCAACCGCCUCAACAACCAUCUGGAACAGGGCCUUCUGCCGGAAAGCCAAUGCGGCUUCCGCCGUCAUGGUGGGACCACGGAUAUGAUCUUCGCAGCCCGCCAACUUCAGGAGAAGUGCCAGGAGAUGCGGACCCACCUGUACUCUACGUUCGUGGACCUGAUGAAGGCCUUCGACACGGUGAAUCGUGAAGGACUGUGGAAGAUCAUGCAGAAAUUCGGCUGUCCGGAGCGAUUCACUCAGAUGGUGCGUCAGCUGCACGACGGUAUGAUGGCGCGAGUCACGGACAAUGGAGCUGUCUCAGAGGCAUUCGCAGCGACCAACGGAGUGAAGCAGGGCUGUGUGCUGGCGCCUACCCUCUUCAGUCUCAUGUUCUCUGCCAUGCUGAUGGACGCCUACCGCGACGAACGCUCUGGAAUCCGCAUCGCCUAUAGAACGGACGGUCAUCUCCUGAAUCACCGGCGCAUGAACUUCCAAUCGCGUGUAUCCACAACUACCGUGCACGAACUCCUCUUCGCCGACGACUGCGCCCUGAACACCACCUCGGAAGAGGAGAUGCAACGGAGCGUGGACCUAUUCUCCGCCGCCUGGGAGAACUUUGGGCUGGUUGUCAACACGCAGAAGACGGUGGUGAUGCAUCAGCCGCCUCCCAACUCAGCCACAGCCCCCAACGCGCCGCAAAUCAACGUGAAUGGGACUCAACUGCAAGUGGUAGAGAACUUCCCGUACCUGGGCAGCACGCUCUCCCGCAACACCAAGAUCGACGACGAAGUCGCCAACAGGAUCUCGAAAGCCAGUCAAGCCUUCGGUCGUCUCCAAAACACAGUUUGGAAUAGCCACGGUCUCCAACUGAGCACGAAGCUGAAGAUGUACAAGACCGUCAUCCUGCCGACGUUACUGUACUGAGCAGAGACAUGGACGGUGUACACGAGACAGGCACGCCGACUGAACCACUUCCACCUCAGCUGUCUCCGCCGCAUCCUGAGGCUGAACUGGCAGGAUCGAAUCCCCGACACGGAAGUACUGGAACGGACGGGAAUUCUGAGCAUCUACUCCAUGUUGAGACAAAUGCAGCUGCGCUGGAGCGGCCACCUGGUGCGCAUGGACGACGAGCGACUACCCAAACGACUCUUCUACGGAGACGUCGCGACGGGUUCUCGUCGUCAAGGAGGCCAAAUUCGCCGUUACAAGGAUACCCUGAAGUCCUCCCUGAAGCGCCUGCAAAUCAACCCGACCAACUGGGAAGAGCUCGCCCGCGAUCGUCCGACAUGGAGGAGAACAGUAAAGACCUGCGCUGCUAUCUACGAUGCCAACCGCAUCGCUGCCGCCAAAGCGAAACGCGAAGCCCGCAAAUGACAAGUUCGCCCAAUACGCAACGCCGCCGCAAAACCGCUCCCUACGUGUCCUCGAUGUCAACGGACAUUCCGGGCACGAAUCGGACUUGUUGGACAUCUUCGGAUCAACUGCACCUCUCGAGCUGCUCCAGCCAUCGUCCCCCCGCCCGCCUCUUCCUCGCCCUCUCUGCCGCCAACUAACUCUGACACUCCUUCUGCACCACCACUUCCAUCCUCCUCCUUCUCCUCCACUGCCCCAGCGGAGGCCGUUCAGGCUGCCGUCUCACGCAUCGCCAACCACGACACAACAACCACAACCACCCCCACCCCUCCCGAUUCCAGUGAUGAGGAUCAGGACUACACCUGCCCUCACUGUGACCGCACCUUCACCUCACACAUCGGCCUGGUCGGUCACUUGCGAAUCCAUCGCACAGAGACUGGUGAACCAGUGCCUGGAGCACCAACUUACGCCCACCGCACUCGCCUCCACUGCCCACAGUGCCCUCGCACCUUCACGCAUCGCAUGGGUCUAUUCGGCCACAUGCGCAUCCACGACGACCUGCGGUAG